AUGCCAGAUCUGGACACUUCUGAACCGGAAGAGAUUGCGCAGGAUGAGUGUCUGGGUAACAAAGCCGAGAAGGGUGUAGUCAAGGGGAUAACUCCCGAGGAGAGUGAUUUGGCCCAUAGAAGCGAGGAUCUGGAAGAGAGGGUUGAUACCGGGUCAACUAUGACAGUGACUGAGGGGGACUUGUUCUGUGAUAAACAAAUGACUCCAAACAAGAACCCCAGGGCAGCCAAUCGUAAGAAAAGAGGUGAACCUGAGAAGAGCAGUAAGAGUAAGCGUUCAGGUGCUGGUGCUAUGACCUUAAAGGCGGAAGAUCCUCCCCUGUCAAGGCCAAAGAACAAAAGACAAAUAAGGGCUACACAAGACGAAAAACCAGAGGCAGCGCUAAGGCGCGAGGGGGAUGUGAAAACAACAACAGUUCCACAUGAAGGUCCUUGGAAUGGAAGAAGGAUCGGUAAAGUCGAGAAGCAGAGAGAGGCCAAAGAUUAUAUAAGAGCGCAAGAGGAAGAUUUGAUUGGCUUGGUGGAAACCAAAGUGAGGAGUGGAAAGGCGGCCAGAAUUACCAGAUGCUUAGGAAAGGAUUGUAGUAAAGCCAUUACUGUGGAGAAUGAAGCCGGUAACGGCAGAAUUUGGCUGAUCUGGAAUAUGUACAAACAUCUUAUCAGGGAAUGCGCAUUGACUCAUUCUAUCUUGAUAAAGAGAUUUCGAAUUCGACGAAAUGAAGUACGGAGUGCCCGCUACUCGUUCAUCAUUCAGACAGAUGCGCCUCUCUCCCAGUCGUCCGGGCUCAUCGUUCAAUCAAUCAUUCGUACGGGGAAUAGAAAGUGGCCGGAGUGGCUUUUAUGGGUAGAAUGCUCCUCCCGAUUCUCCUGA